AGGUCUUUGAUCAUAAUCAGUACAUUGGAUGGAAGAAUUUCAGCCCUGGAUCCUGAAAACCAUGGGAGAAAGCAAUGGGACUUGGAUGUGGGGUCGGGUUCUCUUGUGUCAUCCAGCCUUAGUAAACCAGAGGUUUUUGGCAAUAAAAUGAUUAUCCCCUCUCUGGAUGGUGAUCUCUUUCAGUGGGAUCGUGAUCGAGAGAGUAUGGAAGCUGUUCCGUUUACAGUGGAGUCUCUUCUGGAGUCGUCAUAUAAGUUUGGUGAUGAUGUUGUGUUGGUUGGAGGAAAGUCCCUUACGACCUACGGGCUCAGUGCUAGCAGUGGCAAGGUGAAAUAUGUCUGCUCAGCCAUGGGCUGUCGUCGGUGGAAUGAAGAAGAGGUGGAGCAGGAUGAUGUUCUUUUGUUGCACCGGAAACAGAAAACAGUGCGUGCUGUGGGGCCUCGCAGUGGGAGCGAAAAGUGGAAUUUUAGCGUUGGGCAUUUUGAGCUGCGCUACAUCCCUGACGUUGACCCAGGAGUGGGGUUCAUUGCAGGGCAACUGGAACCCAGUGGGGGCACAGACGAAUCAAAAAUCAUUUCUGACAUUGAUGAGCAGGAAACCGGAACAAAGGACGUAGUCAUUAAAGUGUCUGUGGCUGAUUGGAAGGUCAUGGCCUUUAACAGAAAACUGGGAAGCCUAGAGUGGGAGCACCAGUUCUGCACUCCAAUCGCUUCAGCCUGGUUGGUUAGAGAUGGGAAGGUCUUUCCUAUAAGUCUGUUUGAUGACACAAGUUAUACCUCAGAUGAAGAUAUUAUGGAGGAUGAGGAGGAUAUUGUAGAAGCAGCUAGAGGAGCUACAGAGUCCAGUUUCUACCUGGGGAUGUAUCGUGGACAGCUGUAUCUGCAGUCAUCUGUCCGGCCGUCUGAGAAAUUUCCAGUUAAUCCCACAGCCCUGGAUACAAUGAAGGAUAAGCAUGCCAUUAUAUCACUGCCAAGAAUCAAAUGGAAGCCAUUGAUUCACUCUCCCUCCAGGACUCCAGUGUUGGUUGGUUCUGAUGAGUUUGAUAAAUGUCUCAGCAAUGACAAGUUUUCCCAUGAGGAGUACAGCAAUGGGGCGCUGUCUGUGCUGCAGUAUCCAUACGAUAACGGUUAUUACCUGCCAUACUACAGGAGAGAGCGCAGCAAGCGGGGUACUCAGAUCACCAUUGGGAUCCUGGAGAACCCAAACUACAAGAACAUCAGGAAGAAAGAUCCCGUUCUACUGCUGCACUGGUGGAAGGAGAUAGUGGGCACCAUCCUGCUGUGUAUCACUGCCACCACCUAUGUGGUACGCAAGCUGUUCCAACCUCACCCACACAGUAAGAGGCAGGAAUCUGAGACUCAGUGUCAGACUGACAGCAAAUACGAUUCCAUGAAUGGAGACCUUGCUGACAGGGGUGAAUACAGCUGUGGAUACGUGUCACGAUAUCUCACAGAUUUUGAGCCUAUCAGGUGCUUAGGCCGAGGUGGCUUUGGGGUUGUAUUUGAGGCCCGAAAUAAAGUAGAUGACUGCAACUAUGCCAUAAAGAGAAUUCGCCUCCCAAACAGGAGACUGGCUAGAGAGAAGGUGAUGAGGGAGGUAAAGGCUCUCGCCAAGCUGGAGCAUCCUGGGAUUGUGCGAUACUUUAAUGCAUGGAAAGAAGAGCCCCCGGAGUUGUGGCAAGAAAAAAUGGAUCAACUGUGGCUGAAGGAUGGAAGCACGGACUGGCCAUUCAGCUCCCCCACUCCAGUAGAUGGGCUUUCUAUUAAGAUUCGGAGUAGUGAUCUCCAUUCCAUGAAGGAGCACAUAGAGGUGAUCACCCCUUCAUCAGAGAGCCCAAGCUCUCUGUCCACUGAGUUUGUUGCCGUUAAUGCAGGUGCACAUCGGAGACUCUCGUUUCCUCUCCAUUUCACUACAGACAGUGACCUCAGCGAGUCAUUUGAUGCCAUGGUGAAUCUGCAGGACAGUUUCCUUACAGACUGUGACCUGGAUCACAGUGCAAUGGACGAUGAUGAGGAUGCUGAGGUUGUCUGUGGAUGUGGCCCUCGGAGAAGGCAGGAGAUUGGCUUCCAUGAGAGGACCUCAUCCUCUAUUGUGUUUGAAGACUCUGGCUGUGAUAACGCCUCUAAUAAUGGGGACAAUAGAACAAACGUGUCUGUUGUUGUUACAAACAGUGAUUUUUCACACAGAGACUCUGAAAUGAAGGACUCCACUGAAAGUAAACACACUUUCCCAAGCACUUUGUCUACAUCUCCUCCCCGACCAAAAACCUUGAACUUGGACCUCACAAAAAACACUGCAGAGAAGCUGAACCCCGGCUCUCCCAAGGUGUACCUCUACAUUCAGAUGCAGCUGUGCCGCAAGGAGAACCUCAAAGACUGGAUGGAGGCACGCUGCACCUUGGAGGAGCGUCCACCAGCUGAAUGCCUCCAUAUUUUUGUGCAGAUUGCAGAAGCCGUUCAGUUCCUACACAGCAAGGGGCUGAUGCACAGGGACCUGAAGCCUUCCAAUAUAUUCUUUACAAUAGACGAUGUAGUUAAAGUUGGAGACUUUGGGCUAGUAACUGAAAUGGACCAGGAAGAUGAUGAGGAAACCGCUUUGACACCAAUGCCGGCAUAUGCUCGACAUACGGGGCAAGUUGGGACCAAACUCUACAUGAGCCCAGAACAAAUAUAUGGCCAAAGUUACUCCCACAAAGUGGACAUCUUCUCUCUGGGCUUGAUUUUAUUUGAGCUGCUAUAUCCGUUCAGUACCAGUAUGGAGAGAGUACAAAUAUUAACAGACAUCCGUGAUUUGAAGUUUCCUGUCUUGUUUACACAGAAAUACCCGCAAGAGCAAAACAUGGUCCGGCAUAUGCUCUCCCACAACCCCAGUGAGAGACCCGAGGCUGAGGAAAUAAUAGAAAACCCUUUGUUUGAGAGCAUAGAACUUCCUGGCAAACUGACUCUUAGACAGAGAUCCCGAACGCUGAGCACCUCAGGCCUGAAGAGUCUGAAGCAUUCCGUCAAGUGA